GGGGGAACAGAAUUUCGCGCAACAACUGUUAAGCAUUGUGUCUCGCGUUCGUAUGACGUCAUGGCGACUAGUCGGUGUCCACACGACUUUUAUCAUUUUGACUUCAAACUUAAAAAAUCUGAAGUCGUGCAACCCCGAGCUCAUGGUCAUAAAGAGAAGGCUGUGCUGUUUACAGUCACUUCCAGUAAUAGUUUUCACAGUCACAGUGGCUUUUGUGUUAGUUCCUCUUUUUACAGACUUUUUUUAGACACAUCUUGAAAAACAUCACAUUUGAGGACCUGACUGCUCUGUGGACCUCAUGAGCAUACUCCUUCAAACGUCACGUUUUUGCAGCAAAGAUGGCUGCAACUCUGAGUCUGAUUCUCAUUAGUUCUCUGCUGCAGGGUGGUCUGUGUGGAUCAUUCAGAGUCACAAUGCCACCGAUUAUAAAGGCUUUGAGUGGAUCCUGUGUGACCAUCCCCUGCUCCUUUGAUGUAGUCAGCGAACAUGAGCAAAACUUAAAUAAUCAAUGUAAAGCAUACUGGACCAAUACACCUCCAUUUACCAGUGAAAAUGCUAACCUAACUGCAACUAAAGAAAUGACAGGAGACUUGACACAGAAAGACUGCACCACAACUUUCAACAAUGUACUUCUUCAUCAAAGUAGUAAAUACUACUUCAGAGUGCACUGUGAUAAAAAACUGAAAUACACUUUUAAUCAACCUGGUCAAGCUGGUGUAGAUAUUUCAAUCACAGCUGCUCCUCCCUCACUGACUCUGACUCCAUCCACACUGAAGGUGAAGGAGGGAACCUCAGUGAGUCUGAGGUGCUCUGCUCCAGCUCCAUGUUGGUCUCAUCCUCCAGCUCUGACCUGGACUCCUGACCUGGGUCAGAGUCAGGAGACUCUGCAGGAGAAUCAGGACAAAACUAAAGUCAAGACCUCUGUUGUGAAUUUCACUGCUUCUCACCUCCAUCAUGGAAAGAAGAUCUCCUGUACUGCAGUCUACAGGAAACAAGAUGGCAGCUCUGAUGCUGCUAAUGAAGCAAGUUUAACUCCUGUUAUUUCAUAUUCACCUAAAAACAUCACAGUUUCAGUCAGUCCCUCUGGUCCAGUGCCAGAGAACAGCAAAGUGACUCUGACAUGCAGCAGUAAUGCCAACCCAGCAGUAAGGAGCUACAGCUGGUACAGAGCUGAUGGAGACCAGGAGGCUUUAACUGGGACAGGAACCAGUUUAAAUACUGAAGUCUCCAGAGACAGACGGACAUUUUUCUGCAGGGCUGAAAAUGAGAUUGGAGACGGACGUUCCAGCCUGACUCAAGUGGAGAUUCAGUUUCCUCCUCAGAUCCUGCUCUCAUCUGCUUGCAGCACAACUACAAGUCAGGUCAGCUGUUGCUGUGAGACUGUGGGAAUCCCUUCUCCCACUGUACAGUGGUAUUUGAAUGGGCUACCUGUCAAUCAGUCUGGUACAUUUGAAAUACUCAGUGAGACUCUAAACAGCACAGCUCUCAGGAGCUUCUUCACUCUGAAUGAGCCACAUAUGAGGGAUCUUUCCACUGUGCUCUGCCGCAGCUUCAACUCUCUGGGAUCUGCCAGUCAACAAUUUUGUGUCAGCAGCCUUCAAGUCUCUGCUAAACAUGAAGGUUCAGUUCUGUAUCCAGUGAUCGUCUCCACUCUUGCAGUGUUACUGUUAGUACUAAUAUGUGUUCUGCUGUUUAUUAUCAGGGCUCAGAAGAAUCACUGUAAACCUAAUGUCCAGUUAACAGAUCAAAACAACACAGUUGCUAUGAGUCAGCUUGUAACCAAUGAAAGAAAUGAGGCACCAACCACAGCAGAAGAGUGCAUUUAUGCAAACACAGAUGGGCUGGGAGAGGCAAACUCUGCCCACCCUGCAACUGCUCCUGAGCCAAACAAUGCAGACGGACCAACUGAAAACUCAGACAAGGAAGGGGGCGGGAGUGAAGGGAUUUACUCCAAUGUGACCUGGAAGACCAAGAGGAAGAAAAAGAAGGCAGAAGACACGAAUCCACCUGGUAGCUCUUAUCUGGAGGAGGAGAAGAGCAUGGUGGAGGGGCUUAACAAAAAUUUUUUCAGCAGUGCACUAGAGAUGGGAGGCCUGUAUAAUUGUGCGGAGCCUGUGAGGAAGGAAGUGGAGUGUGAAUAUGCCCAGGUAACAUUCAAAAAGAAGAGCGCUAUUCAAAAAUAGAUAUACGGUAACAAAAAAUAAAUAAAUAAAUAAAAAAAUAGCUGUCCUGCUCUGUGUAUGUUUCCUUACUGCAUUUAGCCAAACUAUAGCAAAAGCAUUUAAGGCAGAAAUAGAAAUACAAUUAUUGUCACUUUAUUUGGGUCAUGGGGCUUCUGAAUGGUUACUAAGGAAUUGUGUAAAUUAUUUUAUCUAUCAUAGUUUUUGUAGAUACGAUAAAUUUUUUUAAACAGCCCUUGAUAUGAAAUGUAAUAUCACACAUUCUGAUGUGGUUUAUAAAAGUUACAUAUAAAAGUUAUAGUCUAAAACUUUUCUAGAGAUGUUUAUUCUGUCUCAAGCUAAACGUUUGAGACAGAAUAAACAGAGUUACAUAUCAAAUAAUCACGAGGAGCAGCAUCAGCCAUCAUUGUGAUAUGAAACUGCAGGUAAAUCAGAAGUGUCAUUGACAGUAGCUGUAAUAUUGUGUACAUGAGUACAUAUUGCCUGUAUAAUUGCAAAAUAUUAGUAUAUUUACAGUGUUUUUUUUUACGAUAUAAGACAUCCAAAAAUGAUGAUCAUGAAAAAAUGCUAAGAUGAUUAACAGUUUGCAUGUUUUAAUUUUCUGUAUUCUUGUAGCUU